UAAUUAUAUAAAGCUGUCACAUAAUAUUUACAGCUCUCCAGUGAAUUGUGACGAUGAAGAAGAAGAACAAAACAGGAAUAACCUUAAAAAGACCGAAAUAAGAAACACAUGACGCUCAAGGAACCCCACGCGAAGCCUCCUUGUCCAUGGGGCAACCCCACCAAAUUCCUAUUGGUGGCGCAUGUAUAUCCUCUGCUGUCAUUGGAGCCACGUUGGCGUCUAUGUGGAGCCAACUAAAUCACUAGGCCGGUGUACGUACGGGACGUAGAAACAAGAAUCAUGGGAACCUUGUUUUCUAAUAUCGAACCUAGUUUUCCACACGAAAUCGUACUCUCUCUACGUCUGUCUUGGCAUUCGUCUCCGGUUCCCACCACCUAAAGCGGGACCCGCAGCCUCCUCUCGCAUCGUAUAGUAUCUAUAUAUGACCCCAUGGCACACCCUUCCCGCCAAUUCAACUGAUCCACCCCCGGGUGCACAUUUGGACGAACACUUGGCGCGCGGAAGAUGAGAAGGGACAGAGAGAGAUCACCUGAGGGUUGUCCCGUGGCAGAGAUGAUGGAGUGCGACGGCAGCGGAGCGGGGGAGAGGCGGUACAAGGGGGUGCGGCGGCGGAAGUGGGGGCGGUGGGUGUCCGAGAUCCGGCUCCCCAACAGCCGCGAGCGAAUCUGGCUCGGCUCCUACGACACGCCCGAGAAGGCCGCGCGGGCCUUCGACGCCGCCCUCGUCUACCUCCGCGGCCGCCGCGCCCAGCUCAACUGCCCCGACGCGCCCCCGCCCCGGAUCGCUGGCGCAGGGCCACUCACUUACCAGCAAAUCCAGGCCGCCGCGGCGCGCCACGCCGCCGGCGACCCAUCCGAGGCCCCGGGUGCCACGCUGCCGUCGCAACCCUCGGAGGAGGCCUCGGACGGGUUCACUGUCGGGAGCGGGGUGGCGCUCGACUGGUCGUUCUUGGACCCGCCGCAGCAGGAGGAUCUGCCGACAGGAGGUGGGAAAUUCCCGGUGGCGAUGGACGAGUUCAUGUACGAACUCUACUCGCCGAUGUCGGCAGCGCAGCCGGCGGAAAUGGCGGAGGAUCACGGCCAUGUGGACUACGGUUCCGGGUCUUCUCUCUGGAGUUUCUGAGCGUCACGCCGGAAUUCUUUUAUU